GCAUGGCCAACAAUCAACGCUUUAUCUUAGUAACAACAUUAACAACAUAUUUGCUUUGCUUCUGCUUCUAAAUAUUUGCUCUGUCGUCAAUCUAGACGACGAGCAUUGUAUUAAUCAGGCGUUAUGGCAUCAUCAAUCAACGAGUAUCAUGUCUCUGCAAACAUUGGUCCUAGUGCUGGACGACCGCAACAGCAUCAGCGCUCUAAAUCCAAAGGCAACAUUCUCAAAACUUGGAUACACAGACGAAACAAUUCCGAUGGCUCUCCUCUACCACCUACCGAUUUAAUCCCUCCAAACUAUGUUCCAGAAUCAUCCUCAUCCAGACAAGAGAUAGGUGGAUUUCCAAAUUUCUCUCGUCCGGCUGCCCUCAGCGAGAUCCAGCAGAAUCAAAUUAGCAUUGUUCCUCGAUCACCACCCAAACAGUACGAGCUACCGAGUGCUCCAUCAUCCCCAACCAAGAAGAGCUACAACACAGUAUCAGCGAAACCAAUGACUACGAGGGAAGCGGAGAAACUGGCCAAGCUGGCCAAGCAGAACGAAGGCAAACCUAAGAAAACAAAGUCCGCCACGAACCUCGUAGGCUUCCUAAGUCGCCCCAAGAGUACGAAGAAUCUACAAGCAACGGCUACCGAAGACGAGACGCCUUUCAAAAAGAACAAAGAGAAUCACCCCCCCUAUGAUACACCCCAGCGACCUCCCAUCUAUGCUCAAUUCGCGAGCGGCGCGCUAGAGAAGCAGACUGAUCAGGAUUGCGCGAAGAAGAAUACCCACAGCCUGGAUGUCCCUAGCUACCCCUCCUCGAAGAGUGGCGGGUCGAGCACCCGCGCCGGAAAAGAAAGACCUAAAUCGUACCACGCGCCCUUCAUCCAGUCCCCCGACAUGCGGAACAGCGGGAGCAGCGGCAACAGCGGCAAGACCUCGCCGUCUAAGAUACACCGUGGUCUCAGACUGUUCACCGGCGGCUCCGGGUCGCAAAGCAGGCCCACUUCGGCCGGGCCUGUCGAGCCCGUCCUCGACCCCAAAGACAUCGACAAGCACCUCGAGGCUAUGCUAGACCGAAGAAAUAUUCCCGAGCACCAGAGGUACAAGAUGCGCAACCUGGCGGAUACUAUCAAGAUGGAGUUCAUAAGGCAGGACUGGGCUGAGAGCCGCGGCCUGCAUAGCGCUCGGCCCGAGAGCCACGGUAGCGACUCGAGCAUCAGCGUCGCGCAGGCGAACGAGAACCGCAAGACGAAGAAAUCCCGAGGCCGGAGCUUUACAUUAUCGCGGGGCAAGAAAUCGGGCACGUCUUCCCCCAAAAAGCAGAAGGGCGAAGGCUCCAUAGGACGGCACUUUCGCAGCCGGUCCACGGACAGCGUCGCCAGCGAGCGGCCUUGUUCCGCGGGGUCGGGUACCGGUGGCGGCAUCUUUUCCAAGGUGAAGUCGCAGCAGGGCCCCGUAGACUUUGUCGCCUACCUGCGUAAGGUCCAGAAGCCGCAGUCGGUGGAGGUCGGCAAGCUACACAAGCUGCGCCUACUGUUACGCAACGAGACGGUGGCGUGGACGGAGGAAUUCAUACGACAGGGCGGGAUGCAGGAGAUCGUGGCGUUGCUGCAUCGUAUCAUGGAGGUCGAGUGGAGAGAGGAACACGAAGAUGCUCUUCUGCAUGAAAAUCUCCUCUGCCUUAAGGCGCUGUGCACCACAGCCCUCGCACUGCAGUACCUCAAUUCGAUCCAGGCAACGCUGUUCCCGGCCCUGCUACACAUGCUCUUUGACCCAGAGAAGAAGGGCCCCAGCGAGUUCACCACUCGCAAUAUCAUCACCUCUGUGUUAUUCACUUACAUACAAUCUGCCGCCCCCUCUGACCGUCCUGUCCGCGCCAAGACGGUACUUGGCCACCUACGCGACCCAGAGCCGAAUGAAGCAGAACGACCAAUCGGUUUCGUCCUCGAUAUGCACCGAGAACGUCCCUACCGUGUGUGGUGCAAGGAGGCCGUUGGUGUCACCAAGGAAGUAUUCUGGAUAUUCCUGCACCACCUCAACGUGGUCUACCUGCCGCAAGAAAAGGAGGCCAAGGAAAGGGCUGGCCCGUCCGGAAUCGACAGCGCUACUUACAUGCAGACGCAUUUCCCGCAGGAAAGGCCCCCGGUCCCUGCUGCCCCUUAUGUCGGCGGUGUCGAAUGGGAUGCUACAAACUAUCUAGCUUCGCAUCUCGACCUCAUGAACGCGAUUAUUGCCUGUACCCCAACAGCAGAGGAGCGCAACGCCCUGCGCGGCCUGUUUAACAUCUCGGGCUGGGAGCGCUGCAUGGGAGGCAGCUUGCGCCUCUGCAAGGAGAAAUUCUACCCGGGCGUGCAUGACGGGCUACGGACCUGGGUAGCCGCCGCGGCCGAAGACGGCUGGGACGUGCGAGGCGUGCGCUAUGGACCGCCUGCCGAGUCCAAAAGCCCGCGCAAGAACCAGGCGGGAGGCGGUGGGAAUAAAGGUAAGAAAAAGGAGGAGGCGCCGCCACGGAUCGACAUGCCAAAAUUCAAUCUUGGCUCCGACGCUGCACGUAGCGCGGCUACUCCCGCAGCACGGUCAAGCGAGAACUGGCUCUCGUAGCUUCGCGAAAAACCUGGUUGCAGAGCUAGGGGCCAACAGCACCGACGAUCCUUUUGGAGAAAGAAUAGAGGACGCCUCGUGCUGGAAAAUCAUAGUGCUAACAACACAUUGUCUUGGCUAGGAGUCUUACGCAGAGCUGGAUGGCGGUAUUCAUGUCAAUGUACUGUAUUUGGAGUUUCUUCAUUGGGUCUCAGGGGUGUUUUAUUCGCGGGAGGGGUGUUUUUUUUUUUCGUUGUCACGCCUCAUGAUAUUGGGUUUCCAUCUUUCCUCAUCACUUGGUAAUGAAGUCCGGUUGGACACACG